GAGUGUGGGGUGAGGGCCUGUUCGUGGAAGCUGUGUUUGUGGGUGCUAGGGGGAUGCUGGUGGCUGUGGUAUCUAAACCACUGGGAACGGCCACCGAUGAUGAGCUGGUCGGAGAGUUCCUGCAGGAGCAGAAUGCCCCUUUACUGUCCCGUGCACCUCAGACCUUUAAGAUGGAUGACUUGUUGGCUGAGAUGCAGGAGAUUGAACAGUCAAGCUUCCGACAGGCCCCGCAACGAGCUCCAGGUGUGGCAGCCUUGGCACUGUCUGAAAACUGGACCCAGGAAUUCUUGGCUACAGCAGAUAGUGCUGGUGAUGUCUCUUCAGAUUACAAUGAGGCUGACUGGUCACAGGAGUUCAUUGCUGAAGUGACAGAUCCUCUGUCUGUGUCUCCUGCCAAGUGGGCAGAAGAAUACCUGGAACAUUCAGAAGAGAAACUGUGGCUUGGUGAGUCGGAAGACCGGUCUUUGGCAGAUAAAUGGUAUGAAGAGUAUCAACCUGAGGAUGAUCUUAAGAAAACUGUUAGUGAUUUCCUCUCUAAAGUGGACGAUCCAAAACUCCAGAAUUCUGAGUUCCUAAAGUUUGUGCGCCAGAUCGGAGAUGGGAGGGUAUCGAUCGAAGCUAAUCAGGUGACCCACAGAGACCAAGAUCAGGCAGAGCAAUGGGCAGCUGAGUUUAUGCAGCAGCAGGGGGCAUCUGAUGCCUGGGUGGAUCAGUUUGUGCGAUCUGGGAACAUGUCAACUCUUGAUACGGAAUUUGAGCAGGCAAAGACUGCUGUGGAGUCAGAUGUGGACUUCUGGGAUAAACUCCAGGCAGAAUGGGAGGAGAUGGCCAAGAGAGAUGCAGAGGCUCACCCUUGGCUCUCUGAUUAUGAAGACCUCAGCUCUUCUUCAUAUGACAAGGGUUACCAGUUUGAGGAAGAUAAUCCCCUGAGGGAUCACCCGGAUGCGUUUGAGGAGGGGCGGAAGCGCUUGGAGGAAGGUGACCUCCCCAAUGCUGUCUUGCUCUUUGAGGCUGCAGUGCAACAGAGGCCAGAUCAUAUGGAGGCUUGGCAAUACCUGGGAACUACCCAAGCAGAGAAUGAACAGGAGCUGUUGGCCAUCAGUGCUCUCAGACAGUGCUUGGAGCUGCAGCCUGGGAACCUCACAGCACUCAUGGCUCUAGCAGUCAGCUUCACCAAUGAGUCCCUGCAGAAGCAGGCGUGCGAGACUCUGCGGGACUGGCUGCGCCAUAAGCCGGCCUAUGCCCACCUGCUGGAGAAGGAGCCGGAGGAGAGUGGCUCGGGGACAAACCUGGGGCCUCCCAAGCGUGUCCUGGGCUCCCUGCUGUCCGACUCCCUGUUCACGGAGGUUAAAGAGCUGUUCUUAGCAGCGGUGCGCAGCAACCCCUCCACUGUGGAUCCUGAUGUUCAGUGUGGCCUGGGUGUCCUCUUCAACCUCAGUGGGGAGUACGAGAAGGCUGUGGAUUGCUUCAGUGCCGCGCUCAGCGUGCGCCCCAAUGACCAUCUCCUGUGGAACAAGCUGGGUGCCACGCUGGCCAACGGGAACCGCAGUGAGGAGGCCGUGGCUGCCUAUCGCCGGGCCCUGGAGCUCCAGCCGGGAUACAUCCGCUCGCGCUACAACUUGGGCAUCAGCUGCAUCAACCUGGGUGCCCACCGUGAGGCUGUGGAGCACUUCUUGGAGGCUUUGCACAUGCAGCAGAAGAGCCGUGGUCCACGAGGGCAGCAAGGAGCUAUGUCUGACAACAUCUGGAGCACCCUCCGCAUGGCCCUCUCCAUGCUGGGGCAGAGUGACCUCUAUGGGGCAGCUGAUGCCCGUGACCUUCCCACACUGCUUCAGGCAUUUGGCCUCCAGCAGUGACUCUGGGAUGGGCUCCCCUGUGAGUGCAGAGCUGGCCCAGCCCAGCAGUGACCUUCCUUAGAUAAAAUGCUCGUUAGGGCUCACACACAUUGUUGUUCUGGUGGGGAAGAUCAUUGGCAACUGUUUGUUCAAGGAUGUCCCGCUGAAGUGUGCAAUUUCCCCUACCUGUCUGUUGUGUCCUAAGCAUAUGAGUGGUUCCUGUCUUCACCUCCAUGACUGACUGACACUCUGCUGGUAGGCAAAUGAUCAAAGUGGGGAAGACAGCAACGUCCAGCCCUCUUGCCAGACUUCAUUUGCAGUGAUGCCCAGCUUGGCUGUGAGACCUUAUGGUAUCCAUUCUGCAGAGACUACCUGCUGGAUGUGUCUUGAGUGCAAGUUGCUUUUGUGGGGUGGGAUUGCCAUUUGGUGAAAGGGUGAAAAAUCCUGGGUUUGAGCAUGCUUCCCCCAUGUAUGUGCUUGCAUUUGUGUAUAUGUGGGUUGCUAGGGAAAACUGGGGACAGCAGUCCCCUUUUCUGGGUACGGGUAACUUCAUGGUACAGCCAGAUGCUGGUUUCUCAGUCUCUGUUCAUGACAGAGCAGAAUAUUGUACUUAGGCUAGAGACAUAGGUGGAGGCCCUUGUGUUGACAGGGUAAGAGGAGAUCCCAGAGCUCAGACUUGAGGGAAUAUGAUAGGAAUAAAAGUCUAAAAUGUAAAUGUAGCCUCCCCUCCCAGAAUAUGGUGGGGAAAGGGUCAAAUCUUAAUUUUCACUCUAUCAUCUGUCAUUGUUUUCCUUUGUGGAGAAGGUCACCAUCUCGUGUGUAACUGAAUUUUGUUAAUUAUAAAUAUCUGUAUAUGAUUCUAUUGGGGAAAAUGUUUUUUAAUUGUAAAGUAUUUUGUAUGAUAAAGGGGGGUGAAAUAAAACUGCCAAAAUGACA